AUGCAGCUCUCUCUAGCCCUGCGUCUCCUCUGCCUGCUGAUGCACUCUGCCUUCCACGUGGUGGAGGGCCAGGGCUGGCAGGCCUUCAAGAAUGAUGCCACAGAAAUUAUCCCUGGGCUGGGGGAGUACCCUGAGCCCCCACCGGAGCUGGAUAACAACAAGACCAUGAACCGGGCCGAGAACGGAGGGAGGCCUCCCCACCACCCCUUUGAGACCAAAGAUCUGUCUGAGUACAGCUGCCGGGAACUGCACUUCACCCACCACGUAACAGAUGGGCUGUGCCGCAGUGCCAAGCCGGUCACCGAGCUGGUGUGCUCGGGCCAGUGCGGCCCGGCCCGCCUGCUGCCCAACGCCAUCGGCCGCGGCAAGUGGUGGCGCUCCAGAGGACCCGAUUUCCGCUGCAUCCCCGACCGCUACCGCGCGCAGCGCGUGCAGCUGCUGUGUCCCGGCGGCGCAGCGCCCCGUGCUCACAAGGUGCGCCUCGUGGCCUCGUGCAAGUGCAAGCGCCUCACUCGCUUCCACAACCAGUCGGAGCUCAAGGACUUCGGGCCCGAAGCUGCUCGGCCACAAAAGGGCCGGAAGCCGCGGCCCCGAGCCCGGGGCACCAAAGCCAAUCAAGCCGAGCUGGAGAACGCCUAUUAG